AUGUUUCCUGAUAUAAAAAAUAUCUAUCCAUCUAUCUAUCUAUCUAUCUAUCUAUCUAUCUAUCUAUCUAUCUCAGUCUGUAUGUAUCUCUCAAUGCAUCUAUCUGAUCUAUCUAUUUAUCUAUCUUCUCAGUAUGUUCAUAUCUAUCUAUUCUAUCUAUCUAUCUAUCUAUCUAUCUAUCUAUCUAUCUAUCUAUCUAAUGGGGGAUAUGUAUCUCUCAAUGCAUCAAAGUAUUCGCAUCAUCCUCUGGUUUCUGUGUCUAUCUAUCUAUGUUGUCUAUUCAUAUCUAUCUAUCAAAAAAAUCUAUCUAUAAAGGACGAAUCUAUCUCGUCAAAGAAUGUUUUUCCACUUUGUCAUAUCAGUUUUCUUUCUAACAUGUAUCUAUUAUCUAUGUUAGUGAUAUGUAAAAUAUAUAGCACCAUCUAUCUAUCUAUCUAUCUAUCUGAUAUGUAUCUAUCUAUCUAUCUAUCAUAUCAUCUAUCUCUGUCUUUCUGUUAUCUAGAUAUGUAUCUAUUCAUAUGCAUUAAGUCUAUCUAUCAUCUAUCUAUCUUUAUCUAUCUUUCUGUGUAUCUAUCUAUCUAUGUUAGUCUAUUCAUAUCUAUCUAUCUAUCUAUCUAUCUAUCUAUCUAUCUAGCCUCUUUGUUCUCUUGCAAUGAGCGACUCAUUUGGUCACUUGAAGUCAGAAAUGCUUCUUUUGAUCCUCUUCCUUUCUCUCCACCCCCGCCCCGAACCUAUUUGAUUCCUCUCCUGUCGUUCUUUUCCAGACAGCCUUGGAAAAAUGACAAAUAUUUCCUUAUAUGUUUCGGGAUACGUAAAAAUAUAUAUCACCAUCUUAUAUCUAUCUAUCUAUCUAUCUAUCUAUCUAUCUAUCUAUCUAAGUCUGUUCGUAUCUAUCUAUCUAUCUAUCUAUCACACGUUCUGUGCAUUUGA